AUGAAGCUAGGGUUAAAGGCCCAUGGGAUAUUGAAGGAGGAACAGAUGCAUAAGCAUAAGAGAUGCGGGGACCGUGUUAAGGAGAAGAUCAAAACUUUGCAGGAACUGAUACCCAACAGCCAUAAGUUGUUGGAUCCACCACUGGUCAAGGUGCUUGAUGACGUGAUUGAAUACAUAAAAACCCUAGAGCAACAAGUUCAGACGAUGACAAUGGGGGGAGGUGCUCCAUACCGAGCUCUGUACAUGCCACCAAUCAGGUACCAAGGCAUGCUAGUACCCCUUUUUUCUCCUCAUAUGGUCAUGAGGCCGAGUAUGGGGACGGACAUUGGAUUUGGAAUGGGAAUGUAUAGCAUGUAUCCACCAAUGUCAGCAGUCACGGGUUUGCAUCCAUUGUAUGGAUCAGGAUUUCGUCCAGUCCCUCUGUUGCAGCAACUUCGGUACAAUUCUUCCCAAUUAAUGACUGCUGUAUGUUCAAUAAGCGUAGCGCCAUCAAUUUAUGUUGCAAGAUGCUCAACCCAAAGGGAAUCUAGCUCUCAACCACCUGUGACAAGAAUUGCUGAUGAUAUCCACCAUAUGCCUAGCCAGGUCCAUUCUUUUCUCAAUUGA